AUGACUGAAUUGGACGAGUCGCAACAGUGUGCCAAUUGCGCCAAGGCCGGCACGAUCGAAAAUGGCCUGAAACGCUGCGCAAAAUGCAAAGCAACACUUUAUUGCUCUCGCGACUGUCAAAAGUCUGAUUGGAAGACGCACAAGAAAGUCUGCGCAAGUAAUGCAGCAAGAAAUGCGACUAAUACGGUCCCUUCAUCAUCGACAGCGCCGUCAACGGCACCAUCAAGCACCUCUCGUGGGCCGCCGCCAAAGGGCUUGACUGCCGCCAUUGACAAGCCGUUCCAUAAACUCAAUGAUAAAACAUGGCUUCACAACCGACCCGAAAAGGAUGUCUACAAGCUCCUCAUAGAUUGUUACCGUCUUCGAAUGGAAGAUGAUUAUAAUCUCGAGGGCGAAGCCGAUGAGGAUAGUAUCUACGGCGGAUCAGCCAACGGCGGGAGAGGKUUCCAACGAUUCCUGUCGCUCGCUCAAAGCAGACGGGGUUUGCUUCCGUCGUGGUGGUCAGAGGAAAAAGCUUCCGAGUGUAUGCGGCUGGGUAUGAGGAAUUCUGGGUGGAGCAGUUUGGCAAGUGCUGUAGAGAAAGGCGAUAUUAUUGAGCAUUAUGGAGACUCAAAUAUGCCGAUGCAGUUGCGAAUGCUUGGGGAACAGGUUUACGGACGUGGUCCUGGAGGACAGGCUGGGGCUGGGAUGCUGCGAAUGCAAAUGAUGAUGGAGAGAUGA